CAGAACAAAUUUCACACGGCUCCCCCUCGCUGCGACGAGUUCAUUACGGUGGCGUAGGUCGCCGUUGAGAGUUUCUAUUUCGGCUCAUUUUGCCCUGCAGCGGCUGACGCGGACGCAUGCGCCUACUCCGAGGGUUUUCUGAGGUUUCCUCCGCCGCCCCUCCCGUCGUGGAUUGAUCCUGCCGUCGCCCUGCUGCACGGGAUCAUGGUCACUCCACCUCUCGACCGGGAGGACGCAGAGGUGCUUGUACCGCGGCAGGAGAUCGCCGAAGGACCCCAGCCAAUGGAAGUUUCUCAGAGCGAGGCCUCAAGUACUGCUGAGAACCAUCAGGUGGAGGAACCUGCUUCUUCUAGUUUUACUUGGGCAAUCAGUAACUUUUCGAAGUUGAACACCAAGAAACUCUACUCGGACAUUUUUAUAGUAGGUGGUUACCAGUGGAGAGUGCUUAUUUUCCCAAGAGGUAAUAAUGUUGAGUACUUGUCUAUGUACCUGGAUGUUGCUGAUUCAGCGAACCUACCUUAUGAUUGGAGUAGAUAUGCACAGUUCGGUCUGUCUGUGGUCAAUCAAAUUCAUAAUAAGUACUCAAUAAGAAAAGAUACCCACCACCAAUUUAAUGAACGAGAAAGUGAUUGGGGGUUUACUUCAUUUAUGCCUUUGACUGAAGUUAAUGAUCCAAGUAGAGGAUUUUUACUGAAUGAUACUCUUGUAGUUGAAGCUGAGGUCAUUGUAAAAAGGAUCAUUGAUUACUGGUCUUAUGAUUCUAAAAAGGAGACAGGUUAUGUCGGUCUUAAGAAUCAGGGAGCUACCUGUUACAUGAACUCUCUUUUGCAGACUUUGUAUCAUAUUCCUUAUUUCAGGAAGGCUGUAUAUCACAUGCCUACAACUGACAAUGAUAUGCCAUCAGCAAGUAUUCCGUUGGCCCUGCAGAGCUUGUUUUAUAAGCUGCAAUACAAUGAUAGCAGUGUUACUACUAAAGAGUUGACAGAUUCAUUUGGGUGGGAUUCAUAUGAUUCUUUUAUGCAGCAUGAUGUUCAAGAACUCAAUAGGGUUUUGUGUGAGAAGUUGGAAGACAAAAUGAAGAGGACUGUUGUUGAGGGAACAAUACAACAAUUGUUUGAAGGUCAUCACACAAAUUACAUAGAAUGCAUCAAUGUUGAUUACAAGUCCAACAGAAAAGAGUCAUUUUAUGAUCUUCAGCUUGAUGUCAAAGGUUGCCAAGAUGUUUAUGCUUCCUUUGAUAAGUUUGUUGAAGUUGAACAUCUUGAAGGGGAUAACAAAUACCAUGCAGAACAGUAUGGCUUACAGGAUGCUAAGAAAGGUGUCCUCUUUGCUGAUUUCCCCCCUGUUUUGCAACUUCAGCUUAAACGGUUCGAAUAUGAUUUUAUGCGAGAUGCAAUGAUCAAGAUUAAUGACCGUUAUGAAUUCCCACUUCAAUUAGAUUUGGAUCGAGAUAAUGGCAAAUAUCUUUCCCCAGAUGCAGAUAGAAGGAUUCGCAAUCUAUACACACUUCAUAGGAUAUGGGUGCUUUGUCAUUCAGCAAGAUCUAAUUUCCUUGAGGAAAAAUAAUAGUAUUAGGUAAUGCUGAU